GAUUGGAACAGUCGUUAUCUCACUUUGCAAAGAGAUAGUGCAGCUCCGGAUAAGCUUAUAAAUCUCGGGCCUGGUAUCAAGGGCAGUUCUCGCGUUGCGCCUCGCGGUGGAAAUUGACCCCGGUUCAACUUUCUUGAGCAAGUUUCAUUUCAUUCUCGCCCUCGGGAUCUUAAAAUGGCAACGUACGCGGCGAGGCGAGAGUUACCCAAAUGCAGAUUGCAAGGACACAAGAAAAGCCCAAAAGCCUCUGUUGACACCAGGAAAAGGGGCUGUGAUAUACUCAGGGACCCGCACUUCAACAAGGGCUUGGCCUUCACAUUGGAAGAGAGACAACAACUAGGUAUCCAUGGUCUUCUGCCCCCUUGUGUUUGUGACCAGAACGUUCAGGUUUUUCAGGUGCUGAAAAACUAUGAAAAGAUAAAAGAUGACCUUGACCGGUAUGUAUUUCUAACUGCCCUUCAAGACCGAAAUGAGAAGCUCUUCUACAGAUUGCUGACCUCGGACAUUGAGAGAUUCAUGCCUAUUGUUUAUACACCCACAGUGGGCCUGGCAUGUCAGAAUUAUGGACUUGUAUUUCGCAGGCCAAGGGGUCUUUUUAUUACGAUCCAUGACCGUGGACAUAUUGCUACACUUCUGAAGUCCUGGCCUGAGAAUGAUAUUUGGGCUAUUGUCAUCACAGAUGGAGAACGUAUCUUGGGUCUUGGAGACCUUGGGAGUUAUGGAAUGGGCAUUCCAGUUGGUAAGCUAGCACUCUACACCGCAUGCGUUGGAAUGAAUCCCCAACAGUGUUUACCAGUGAUGUUAGACGUUGGCACUGAUAACGAGGAGUUGCUGAAAGAUCCAUUGUACAUUGGAUUAAGACAGAAGAGAGUGAGAGGUCAAGUGUAUGAUGAUCUUUUGGAUGAGUUUAUGCAAGCUGUGACUGAAAGGUAUGGCCAGAACUGUCUUAUUCAGUUUGAAGAUUUUGCCAACACCAAUGCAUUUCGUCUUUUGAACAAGUACCGCAACAAAUACUGUACCUUCAACGAUGAUAUCCAGGGGACGGCUGCAGUGGCAGUUGCUGGUUUAUUGGCGGCUUUGCGCAUCACUAAGAAUAAAUUGUCAGAUCACACAUUCUUAUUUCAAGGUGCUGGAGAGGCUGCCAUGGGAAUAGCGGAUCUCAUAGUGAUGGCAAUGAAGAAGGAAGACAUACCUGUACAGCAGGCUCUUUCUAAGAUUUGGAUGGUUGACUCUAAAGGCCUCAUUGUUAAGGGGCGUGCCAACCUGACUGAGCAGAAAAUGCGCUUUGCUCAUCCACAUUGUGAGCUGAAGAACCUGGCUGAUGUUGUUCGGUCUCUCAAACCUACUGCAAUUAUAGGAGUUUCUGCAAUUGGUGGUGCAUUUACAGAACAGAUCAUCAAAGACAUGGCAAGCUUCAAUGAGCGUCCAAUUAUAUUUGCAUUAAGUAAUCCAACCAGCAAAGCAGAGUGCACCGCAGAGCAUUGUUAUAAAUUGACUAAGGGCCAAGCUAUUUUUGCAAGUGGGAGUCCUUUCGACCCAGUUACCUUAGAAGAUGGACGUGUGUUGUAUCCUGGCCAGGGUAACAAUGCUUAUAUUUUCCCAGGAGUUGCACUUGGGGUUGUAGCCUGUCGCGUGAGGCACAUCCAUGAUGAAAUUUUUCUUAUUGCAGCAGAGACUAUAGUUGAGCAGGUACUUGAGGAGCAUUUGGCUGAAGGUCGAUUGUAUCCUCCACUGGACACCAUCAGAGCUACGUCCCUAGCGGUGGCCGUGAAGAUUGCUGAAUAUGCAUUUAGAAAUGGAAUGGCGUCUCUGUACCCAGAACCUGAAGAUAAAGCGGCUUUUAUCAGCUCCCUGGUUUACAACACUGACUACGAUGAAUUUCGAAUUGAUUCCUACUCCUGGCCUGAAGAAGCCUCAAUGAUUCAAACAUUGACAAAAUAAAAGCAGUUUACUUAGAGUCCAUGCAUUAAGUAAAGGCACUCCAUCAGUUUAAACGAUACAGAAAAUUAAUCAUUAGAUUUGUUAUAAAUUUCAGAAUUUUACACGUUUUAGGGCUUAAUUUUGCUGCAACUAAAUAUUUCUUUACCUCUGUUAUCCAAAGUAGUCUUUUCAAUUCUAGAUGUCUGUGUUACGGAUGUACUUGCAGCCCAAUGUCUGUAAGAUUCACUCAUGGCACUAAUUCACUGGCAAAUGAGAUUAUUAAAUGUGACUUACACUGAAAUCCUUGCUUCUGCUCAGUUUGAGCUGGUAAGAUUGGGAAUAGGUUGCCUGUCAUUUUAAUGCAUAUUCAACAGCAUUUCUACAGGUGCUUUCACGAAGGAGGUACACAGAGGGCACUUAAAAGCAAACAGGUGAUUGGACCAUUCUAUUCCUUCUCCAAACAGGAUGACUCAUUUUAAGGGCACAUGCUCGGGGUCCUUCUUACAUAUUCAGAUCUGGUGCUGAUAGCUUUAACUUGGAUGCUAAUUGGUGGGGGAAGCAAGGGGGACGUUUCUGCCAAGUCAGAUAAGAAAAGCCAAUAAGAACACCUCUGGCUUCCCCCAACCCGUCUGUUCACAACUCUCCUGCCAUCUUACCCACUCGGUGUGGCUGAGCACUGUUUCUGCAGGUCCCCAACAAUGGCCGCUUUAUUGCCCAAUCUUCUUGGCAAGCAAGCAUUUCCUGGCUGUUAGAAAUUGCAAAUAGGCAAACCGCUUACUCAUGAGGCCCACCUGUUCAAAUUGACCAAGACUUGGAUCAUCUGCAGUCAGAUUCCUGGAUAGCUUUCUGUCCAGAAAUUAAAAUAGAGCCCACUCUUUUUCUGAUUAAAUACUUUGAAUGUUAGGUAACUACAAAAAUGUAAUGACAAUCAUAGCAAUAAAAAUUGCUUUCUAAUACUAAAUGUAAGGGAAUAUGUUAUAAGGAAUCAGUGACUGCUGUUGGAAUUUCUGCUGUGGUCACACAAACUAUAUUUGUUUACAUUGCAGUGUGACACUGAUUUUCUUUCUUUGGGAUAUAUUGAUGGACACAGUGGCAAACAUUGACUUGAUAUGGAUAUCAUUGUCUAACUCUUCUCUGUUGUAAAAAUGUUACUGGAAAUCAAAUGCCCCACAAGUUCUUUUCCUUCCAAAAUAGCAUGAACGUGAUUGACUGUUCGAUAAGGAGCUGUUUCUUUCUCAUAUUGAACAUGUUGUGACUUUCACUAGUACUUUUGCUAAAGUAAUUAACUUGAAUUUCAAGAGGUUAAUUUAGUAUGAGAUUCUUCAGCAUUAAUUUUGAGCAUCAGAUGGUGGAAAAUUCAGGACUGCUGACAAGUGUGCUUAUCAAAUGCAAUAUUUGGAUAUUAUGUUGCAGCUUUGAGCUUUCAAACCUCAUCCUACCCAAGCUUCAAUCACUUGAAGAUUUCCCAUGUCUCUCGAACUGUUAUGGUGCUGUUCCAAAUUUAAUAAUGAUCAAAAGGGUACUGUAUUUCAAAAAUGCUUGUAAUGGUUACAGGUUUCAUCAAAUCAAAAUAAAGUUGCUGGAAUAGAA